UCGGCGAAGCUUGAGAUCGUUUAAACAGCAUUUACAUGGUUUAAUAGUCAGUAUUCUUCGUUCAUAUGCCUGUGCAAAAUUAUUUGAGUGGAGUUUUAUGUUCAUCUUAUCAGUACGCAGUUGGUGUUUAACAAUUCAGUACGUGUACAUUAUACUACGUUAUCUUGAUAAAUUUGAUAUUCAUGUACGUUCUUUUUGUACACACGGGGAUAUUUAUUACUUCAUUUUGGUGUCAUAUGACACGGACAUCCGCUAUGAAAAUGCAACGAUUUCGAGGACACACAUGAUGCUUUUUAACAAGUUGGCUACACCAUUAAAGUAAGAUGGCAUAUACCCGCAACUGUCAAGUUCCAAAUGAAAAUAUUGACCACCUAAUACUGAACGGACAAUUUGCUACAGUGGAUGGAUAUGUUGUCUUCUUUGAUUACCUGGAAGAAACAAAGAAAUCGGAAGACAUGCUUUCAAAGGAAAUGAACACAUCUGUAUUGACCACGGGGAAUACUAUUGAAUAUUCUUUAAAUGAGAAAUGGACAAAUAUUGCAGUCAUAAGUAAAGCUAGUGAGCUACAACGAUCGAUGAUUAAAAUGCAAGGAGAAGACUACACAGAACAAGUCAAAAUGGUCGACGGGAAAGAGAAUCUUCUAAAGUUAUAUUUUUCUGAUAAACAAGUCAAAGUCAGUACAGAACAAGUCAAAAUGGGCGACGGAAAAGAGAAGCUUCUAACGUUAUAUUUUUCUGAUAAACACUUCAAAGUCAGUACAGAACAAGUCAAAAUGGUCGACGGGAAAGAGAAUCUUCUAAAGUUAUAUUUUUCUGAUAAACACGUUAAAGUCAGUACAGAACAAGUCAAAAUGGGCGACGGGAAAGAGAAGCUUCUAACGUUAUAUUUUUCUGAUAAACACUUCAAAGUCAGUACAGAACAACUUAAUAUAGGCGACGGGAAAGAGAAGUGUCUAACGUUGUCAUCUUUUAAUCAUGAACUCGUCUACUUCAGUACAGAACAAGUCAAAAUAAGCGACGGGAAAGAGAAGUUUCUAACGUUGUUAUCUUUUUCUGAUGAAUACCUCAAAUUCAUUACAAAACAACCUGAACAUGCCAGCGCCUGGCUUGAACAUCUAUUAAAAGCAGUUCCAGAUUGGAAUAAUAAAAACAAAAAAGGGGCUGACAAGAACACUGUGCUGGCAAUAAAAGAAUAUAAACGAAGGUUUAAACUACUAAAAGGUCAAAUAGGAGUUUUACUCAAAGACAUAGGAGUUUCACGUAAAGAGUUCUUAAAGGACGCCGGGGACGAUUUUGCGAACGAAGGGGCUGACAAGAAAACUGUUCCGGAAAUAAAAGAAUAUAAACCAAGGUUAAACCUACUGAAAGAAAAUAAACGAAGGUUAAAACUACUGAAAGAAAAGCAUGAUCGAAGAGGAGUUUUACUUAAAGGUGCUGACAAGAAAACUGUUACGGAAAUAAAAGAUGUUCACAAGAAAGCCUGCAUUGAAUUGACAGAGUUAUUAACGGACACCGGGGGCAAUUUUGCGAACGAAGAUUCGCGCAACCGGAGUGAACAUGUCAUCAGGAGGACGAUGACAAAUUAUCGCCGCAUAGAAUCUCGUGCAUACACUGAAACAACAUCGAACGAUAAGGAAUGCAGAACACAGUUGAACGCUUACGUAAAAAUCACGCUCGAAAUGCUCAAUAUUGCAUUAGAAAUUGUGAGUUCACUGUUGAUUUUGCACAGAAAUAUUUUUCCUGAAGUAAUACGAAUGUUCCUACACUUUCCAACGAUGGAGGAUAAUGACUCUAAAGAACAAAAGCACCAGUAGAAGAAACAAACUGUUGUAAAGACGUGUGAAUUUAAAUUGUAUGCAGUGCAAUUAGGCAAGCUGUAUUAAGACAACUAACAGCGUUAUGGAACAUUGAUAUUAACGUCCUGGUAUUGACGUCAUAGUUUUUACAUAAGCGAUUGAGUUUUUAUAUGUGUAUGUGAAUGUGUAAUAUGCACAACAAUCUUUUUGCUGAAUUGUGAUUUUAGACGCUGGUAUUCAUACUAAGUGUUGUAUCUAGUACAUUAUAGACCAAAUUGUAAAAAAACACGAAAGUUAAACCUUUCGUAAUAUUGAAUAAUAUCUUUCAUUUUGAUUAUGUUUAUCAUUGAAACAGAAGUAUUGUUGGAAGUACAUAAUACUUUUUGCCCGAUAGUGUGUUAAUGUGUGCUUUACUCUUCGAUCAAAACAUACACUGCCAUGCAAUACCACUCACCGCGACACAUGGUAUUGACAGACGACGCAAAAAAGUGUAUCGAGCACAUAUUGUGUGUCACUGCAGAUUGCAGUACUUUGCUUUCAAUAAUAUGCGUUGCUUUUGUUGACAUACUCUGCUUUGAGCAUUAACAUACAAUAAUGACAAUUCCGCGAUAUUUCUUCGAUAUAUAGUCUCGCGUCUUGGUAAGUUACGGUGAAUGUGCUAUGUCGUCCGUUUGUGCACAAAUAGGUAUGCGCACACUAAUAAUCAAUGACACUCUACAACGAACAACUUGAUCAAUUGUAACUGAAACCGUUUGUCAAUUGGCAGUACCGUAUCCUUACCUUGACGACGUUCAGUAAAAAUGAAACUAAAUAAGUCUUCAUCAAUAGGACGUCUAUUGAUAGGAAGAGAGACCUGAAAUGAAACAUGGCAUAUCUCAUAAAUGGACCAGAUUGAUUUUGCAUUACUUUGAGCGAAACUUGUAUUAUGACAGCGUUUCGAGUAAAAAACUUGUUCGGAUUGCAAGGAAAUGCUCGAACAAAAGACUCUCCCUAUAAAUAAACUCAGCGAAAUAUCAAUCUUUAAUUUAGCGAAUUUCUGCGCUUCAGAUAAAUGGUUUACUGAAGGUUCAUUAGGUCGCCGUAAAAAAAAAGUCUGAUCAAGCAUCUAUACAAUUUGCUAAUUUGGAUGUCCGCAGGUUUAAACAGUAUUUCAAUCGUGUUACAACGGUCAGUAUUGAUUGCCACUCUUUUCCUGGAUACGAAUGUUAUUAAAAAGACAAUCAGAUAUAGUAGAAGAUUGGAUAAGAAACAGUCAAUCAUCAAUCUCGUUAUGCGGCCGAGUCGGGAAUCGACCCCGCGAUUGGUUUUGUUGUCAAGCAUUUUACUUAAUUAGUUAGCAAAUAUCACCAAGAAAGCAAACAUCACCCAGAAAUAAACGAAUUUGCUUUAAAAAAAAAAGAACUAAUGUAAUGUAUGUGGUUGUGGUUCUGGACCAGUACAAUGCUAUAUUGUUCCCAACAAUUGUGCCUCUUAUUGUUUCGAGGAAAGUAGAAUUAUUCGCCAAUAGUUGUAACUUAUAUAUUCUAAAACAUUAUGCGCGAACACUGGUCAGUUCAUGCAGCCAAAUGAACAUUUUUAAAUGAGUUUUAACUACUUUAUCAGGUUACGACAUGAUCAACGUAAAUGGUAUGAAUUACAAUUUCAAAAUGUUUUCAAAUAGCAAUUUCUCAAGUAUAUACUAUGUACAAGCAUAUUUUGGAACUUUGUAAAACGCAUAAAGAAUCAUAACAUGCGUUCUUGUUAUUUAAAAAUCAUGCGAGAUCUAU